AUGUUAUUUAAAUUUCACAGCAGUAACAAUAAUAAUCACAGUGACACACAAAUUGUAGAGUCUCCGCCACCAACAAGUUCCACCAGUACUACUACAAAUAGUCCACUUUUAUCAACAAAUACAACUACUACAACUACUACAACAACACCAGGUAGCAGCGGUCAAUUAUCUCCAGCCAUCAAUAAAUCACCAAAUUUCAGUAGAUCUCCAAAAUUUUACUCUAAAAGAUACAGUAGUCUAGAAAUGUCAAUCGAUCCAAUCGUCGGUAUAUUACAAGUCAAUGUGAUUGAGGCUAAAGGUCUCCCAGCUAUGGAUCACAAUGGAAAGAGUGAUCCAUACUUUGAAAUCAUGUUUUCUGGUGUCAAGGUAUAUAAGAGUAACAUCAUCAAGAAGACUUUGAGUCCUAUUUGGAAUGAGUCAUACAAUAUUAUCGUUAGACAAUCACAAGUCAAUUACUCCAUCAAAUUCAAUGUCUGGGAUUGGGAUAAAAUCACUGCUAAUGAUUACAUCGGAGAUGUUGAGGUUGAUAUUCAACAUCUCAAAAAUAAAGAUGACUGGUACACUCUGACCAAAAAAGAAAAAACAAACAGAGGUCAAAUACAUAUUGCAUGCAGAAUGAUUGAAAAGAAAGAAGUAAAUUCUGCAUUUUGGACCAGUAUUUGUAGACAUUUUUCAAAUAUAGACGAUGAUAAUUUAUCAUUUGUAGAGUACACCGCAUUGAUUUCAACUGUAAACCCAGAGUUCCCAGAGUCAGAUAUUCAUCUAUUGUUUGAAAAGGCAGAUCUUAAUAACGAUGGAUCAAUUUCUGUUUCAGAAUUGGAACAUUUCUUUAAUUUUACCGAGGCUGGUGAGCAUUUGUGUGAUCAAUUGUUAUCUGGAAAUCCAGAUUUAAUUUGGGAGGCAUAUGCAGUUUCUGAUUCAUACUCUACUAUUGCUGACAAUGUAUUCAAUAAGAAUUUGACAUCAUUAAAGGGUGAAGGAACUGGAAAGAUCAAGGUUAUCUAUGUUCAUAACCGUGAGACCGGUAAGCUCGAGGAAGAAAAGAUUCCACAUUACAUUGAGGUAUCACUCAGAAUCAUGUAUUCCACUUCAUCAGGUAGACAUGCCUGCAACAACAAUCAAGUAAAGAGACUGUUAAAAUACUUGACCACAAAGACAGGAAAGAAGUAUUCAUCACAGGAGAGUGUCAAAGAAAUCAAACCAUUCAUUCAAUUCCAUAAUCUAAAUACCGAUGAAAUCUUGGAUCCAUUACCAACCUUUAAGAAUUUCAAUGAAUUCUUUUAUAGAAAAUUGAAACCAAGUGCAAGACCAAUAUUCGAACUUAAUAAUGCUAAAUCAGCUGUAUCACCUGCAGAUUGUCGUUUACAUGUAUUCCCAACCAUCGAUAGAGCAAAGGAGUUGUGGAUCAAAGGAAAGAAUUUCAAUUUGAGUAGUUUGUUGCAGGAUGAUGUGUUGGCAAGUCAAUUCGAGGGUGGAUCACUUGUCAUUGCUAGAUUGGCUCCACAAGACUAUCACAGAUUCCAUAUUCCAGUGGAUGGUAUAAUUGGACCAACCAAGCCAAUCGAUGGAGACUACUACACUGUCAAUCCAAUCGCCAUUAAAGAGAACAUCGAUGUCUACACUGAGAACAAACGUGCCGUCACCAUUAUUCAAUCUCAAUGCUUUGACACCGUUCUGUUUGUCAGUGUUGGUGCUACCAUGGUUGGUUCCAUUAACUUAACCACUCACGAAGGUCAAACAGUUAAAAAGGGUGAUGAACAAGGAUAUUUCGCAUUUGGUGGAUCAACCAUUUUAUUGUUAUUCAAGAAGAAUACCAUUGAAUUCGAUCAAGAUAUUUUGGUCAAUAGUUUGAAACCAAUUGAAACUUUGGUUAAAGUUGGAACAUCCAUUGGUCGUAGUUUAUUGUAA